AUGGGUCAGCCGCAGCCAGGACAGCCAGGCGUCUUCAUCGUGCAGCCAAUACUGCAGAAUCAUCAAGCGGGCCCCAUUAACGACUACUUUUGCUACUCUAUCUUCACCAUGCUCUUCUGCUGCCUGCCACUGGGAAUUGCUGCCCUUGUCAGCUCUAUUGCAACUCGUAACGCCAUUGCCAGACGUGACUGGCAGAUGGCAGUGCAGAGCAGCAGACGAGCCCUCAUGCUGAACCACAUCGCUCUGGGAAUGGGGAUUUCAGUUAUUGCCAUCAUCAAUGUUGUGAUUGUUAUUAUGUACAUAAUAUAGUAAACUCACAUUUUUGUCA